AUGGAUCGCUCGCCCAGCAUCGCAGCUAUAGGCAUCAUUGGCCGCCACAACAAUCCUCUUCACAUCUCGUUAUUCCCCGCGACUGGAGGUUCCUACGAGGCUGGACGGGAUAGCCUUGAGUACACCAUGAUGCUCAAUUCCUGCCUUGACAUCUUCGAAGCUCGCAUGCCGGGCAAGAUUGUUGGUCAUGAUUUCGGUCUUCUGCAUGCUCUAGACGAGCGGAUCGCCAUGUAUGGCUGGUUCUUGAACACUGGGGUCAAGCUCGUCAUUGUGGUUGAUAUGGAAGGCCGGACAGCGCCGAACAGUGAGGCUGCAAAAACGGCAAUUCUUGGCUUGAGGAACAGCGACCUGACUCCCGCUUUUCAAGCUCUUCAGACAGCUUACAUUCGCCUGCUUCGAAAUCCGUUCUAUGUACCAGAUGAACACAAUCCAAAGACAGCAAGUGCACGUGGUAAUCUCCAGAUCGACAGCCCAAGAUUUAGCAAAGAUGUUGAGAGGAUCGGCCAGAACUGGUACCCUGGAAUUGCACAGAUGUGA